GACCUCUUGGGACAGCUCUGGGCCACUGUCCCUCUGAUGAAGUGAUGUCUGCAGCCAUUCCCUGUCCAAAAGCAUCUUCCUCAUCCCUCCCUUUUCCUUUCCACCUUCCACAUUGGCAGGCUGGUCACCCUGUAGUGGCUACACAGGGUUGAAGUUAGCUUUCGAAUUAUGGAAGUUGGGCUCUCCUUGAGAUCAGGUUUAGGGUAAGGAUAGGUCUGAGGCCGUUUUCUUUAGGGUUCCUUCCCCUUCAGUUCCCAAAGGCCAGGACAUGGCCAAGGGUUUGGGGGGGGGGAGGCAUUGCAGAGGAGUAAUAAAUGUAGCUGUGAGAUACCCCAUGCCUGAGUUGGACCAGCUGCAGCCACACCCACACACAGAACUCACUGUGCAAUCCCAGGGGUGUUCUUGGGGUGUGUCCACUGCUGGCGACUCCAGUGUGGAUCUCCCCUCUUUCCAGCCCAUUCCCUUCCCUCUUAUCCUCAUUUACCUGUUCCCUCCUUUUCCUCGUUUCCCCUCCUGCCCUCCUACUAUAUUUCACAAUAAGAAGAAUUGAGUAAGUAAAUGCAUGCGUAUUUGGUAAAUGUUUAGCCAAACAAUAUAGUGCAUAUGAGCUUUUCUGUUGUUCUCACUGGCUCUUCAGUCUGGAAUCCAGGUGUACAUUCAGUGUGUGCAUUUGACUUUGUGACUCCAGUGGGCAGUUCCAGUCUUCUUAUAUGGUUAGAAGAUGUUGAUGUCUGCAGAGUUCACACUGAGAACCUGGCAGCUGGGUUCCAAAGAAACAAACAAAAGCACAAACUCACAUGCAAAAAACUGUUGGGGGGCUGGAGGUGUCUCAGUCUGUAAGUGCUUGUCAUGCAAGUAUGGGACCCUGAAUUCAAUUUUCAGAAUCAAUGUUAAAAAAAAAAAAAGCUGUGGAAGGCAGGGCUUGGAGGUGCCCUCUUAUAAUCCCAGUGCUGGGAGGGCAGAGGUAGGGGGACCCCAUCCCUGGCCAGCUAUCCUAGCUGAACCAGCAGGCUUCGAUAAAAGUAAGAGCUUGUCUCCAAAAAUAAGAUACAGAGUGACUGAGGAAGAUACUCCACGUUGACCUUUCACCUGUACAUUCACACAUGCGCUUGCAAAGACACAUGAACACACACACACACACAGAACUGUAAAAAGUCUCACAAUGUUUUGUUUGUGAUUUUGCAAUGGGCUGUGCUGAUAGCUGUCUGGGCCACAUACAGCCCAUCCAUAGGGAUGGGCAUGCCGUGAGUCUAGCAGAUCUAGCCUGACUCCUGAUAAAGGUGACUUGCAGGAAGUGAUGGUAGGAAACCAUGCCCCUGCCUCCACAGCUCACCUCUUUACCUUCAUCUGCUCCUUCAUCUUGAAAAAGAACCUCUAGGUUUUCCAGCCUGAUGCAAGUCUGUGCAUCCGUUGGACCUGCGGAUACUGCGGUAGCAGAGGACAGUGGCUUUCACCACGCCAAAGUAUUGUCUUCAUCUCAUGACCUGGGCAAAAGAGGAAACUUUGCCACAGCUAGAUUGAACGAGAAUGGACUAUGGUGUCAGACACAGGCCCAAGGCCUUGGCCUUUCUAGACUGCCCGGGUGCCCUCAGAUUGAAGGAGCCAGUAUCUCAGACAUGACCCUGCUCUGAGCCAGGAUUUCCAUUCUUCUAGUUUAUCAUCUUUUACCCAUACCCUCACCUUCCUGAUGGAGGGAUAGUAAGGCUGGAUUACAAGGAGGCCGGUAUUGCAUGCCUGAGGAGGGUGUGUCUCUGACCCCCAAAGCUGACCUCCUAACGACAGAGGAGAUCCUGACCCUUGCUCGGCUCUUUGUGAAGGAAGGUGUGGACAAGAUCCGUCUCACGGGUGGGGAGCCGCUCAUCCGGCCGGAUGUGGUGGACAUUGUGGCUCGACUUCACCAGCUAGAAGGGCUGAGAACCAUCGGUGUCACCACGAAUGGCAUCAACCUGGCCCGGCUGCUGCCCCAGCUUCAGCAGGCAGGCCUCAACGCCGUUAAUAUCAGCCUGGACACUCUGGUUCCCACCAAGUUUGAGUUCAUCGUCCGUAGAAAAGGCUUCCACAAAGUUAUGGAGGGUAUCCACAAAGCCAUCGAGCUUGGUUACCGGCCUGUGAAGGUGAACUGUGUGGUGAUGCGUGGCCUGAAUGAAGAUGAGCUUCUGGACUUUGUGGCCUUGACAGAAGGCCUUCCCCUGGAUGUGCGCUUUAUUGAGUACAUGCCAUUUGACGGCAACAAGUGGAACUUCAAGAAGAUGGUUAGCUACAAGGAAAUGCUGGACACCAUUCAACAGCAGUGGCCAGGGCUGCAGAAGCUGCCAGAAGAGGAUUCCAGCACAGCCAAGGCCUUUAAGAUUCCUGGUUUCCAGGGUCAGGUCAGCUUCAUCACGUCCAUGUCAGAGCAUUUCUGUGGGACCUGCAACCGGCUGCGCAUCACGGCUGAUGGGAACCUCAAGGUCUGCCUCUUCGGGAACUCUGAGGUGUCACUUCGGGACCACCUGCGGGCGGGGGCCUCGGAGGAGGAGCUGCUGAGGAUCAUUGGGGCAGCGGUGGGUAGGAAGAAGCGGCAGCACGCAGGCAUGUUCAAUAUUGCCCAGAUGAAGAACCGGCCCAUGAUCCUCAUCGGGGAAAUUCUGAUGCUUCAAGAUUCCCCACCAGCUGCUCAAAGAACUUUCUCCUGGGAUCCCCUACGUGUUCAGAAUCUGAGGGCCAAAGAGAGACCCUCUGUCCCGAUGGCAACUUUGUGGAAGAGGCUCAAUGACCCCAUGGCCCUUCCUCUGUCUCAGCAGUGCCUAGGGUCUGGCUCCCCUCAAAGACACUACAGCUCCUACCCAGAGCCCAACACUCACUCAAAGUGCCUUAGCACAGGACCCCAGGUCCCUGCUGUCCCCUCAAGUCCGGGGCCGACCUCAAAUCAGCUGACUCAUGUGGAUUCACAAGGACGGGCAGCUAUGGUAGAUGUGGGUGGGAAGCCAGUCACAGAGCGGGUGGCCGUGGCCUCUGCUGUGGUUCUUCUUGGCCCCGUGGCCUUUGAGCUUGUCCGGCAGAACCAGCUGAAGAAGGGAGAUGCUCUGGCGGUGGCCCAGCUGGCUGGGGUCCAGGCAGCCAAGCUAACUAGCCAGCUGAUCCCCCUGUGCCACCAUGUGGCCCUGAGCCACGUGCAGGUGCAGCUGGAGCUAGACAGUACACGCCAUGCUGUGCUGAUCCAGGCACGAUGCCGGGCCCGGGGCCCCACCGGGGUAGAGAUGGAGGCACUGACCUCAGCCGCCGUGGCUGCCCUUACCGUGUAUGACAUGUGCAAGGCAGUUAGCAGGGACAUUGUGGUGGCAGAGGUGAAGCUCAUCAGCAAGACUGGAGGUCAGCGGGGGGACUUCCAGCGGGCUUAGGGUGCCGCACUCACUCCUCAUGUCUCCCAAAGGGAUACAAUUUGGGCUGAGGAAAAGAUGUCACAUCCUCUAAAUCUACUCUCUGUGACCCAGGGUCACCCCGAUAUUUAUUGUAACCUUUGAGGCGUCCUCAACACAAGACACCUCAGGCCUUGAUAACUCCCAGGACUCAGGCAAUGGAAGGUUUGAUGCUGGAUACCACCACUACCACCCACCCCCACCCCCACCCCCACGUCAUGUCAUAUUACUCGGGUUGUUUCAGACAGACAGCUUUAGGCAUCCCUCUCAUCUAGGGUUCUCUUUUCUCUUCCCUGGGGAGAGAAUAAGGGCUCAUUAAGCAGAGGAACCCGCUCUGAGAAGGAAAAGCACAAGCUUUCUAAUGAAUGUAUCAGACUUGCCACUCCCUAGCCUCCAGCUGUCUCCAACAGGAUACGGACCACAACCCUAAGGACUUGUGCCAACAUUUACCCACACCUGGUUUUGCUCACUGUGGUCUGCCCACACCUCUCUACUCUGGCCCACAUUGGGGAAAGGAGUUGAAGGUGACCUUUACUCUCACAGCGCACAAAUAAAGCCAUGAUGCCAGUUUU